AGCUCGGGUGCCCAGAACCCCAGCAUCAGUUCAGCUUCGCAGCCCAAAAUAGUGGCCUUAACUACCUAGAUGAGUCUUCACUGUGCAUGACAUAGGAACAGAGCCCCUGUGUACAUACAUGUAAAGUUUGUAAACGUUAUUGGCCACGUAAGAGAGCCGAGAUAAUGGCAAUAAGGACCCGGUAGGUGGGGCGGAGAAAGAAUAGGAAAUCGGCACUGAGUAAUCCUAGCGAGCGUUUUGUAAGAGUGGGGCUGCCUGAAAAGGAGUAAUCAUGUCUUCUAAUCCAAGUGUAUUGAUGCGUCUUGUGGCCUCAGCAUAUUCCGUGGCUAAUAAAGCGGGAACAAUUGUCAGAAAAGUUAUGUCUGGAGGAGAACUAGGCAUAGUGGAGAAGUGUGGAGCUAAUGACCUGCAGACUAAAGCUGAUCGAUUGGUACAGAUGAGUAUUUGUUCGUCCUUGCUUCUGAAGUUUCCUAAGAUGACAAUCAUAGGUGAAGAGGAUCUUCCCUGUGAAGAAGUCAGUGAAGACUUACUUGACAAAAGCCAAUGUGAGGAGAUACUGAAGCAAACCUGUCCACCACAGUAUACAGCUAUCAAAGAGGAAGAGCUUGUUGUGUGGGUCGAUCCUCUGGACGGAACAAAAGAAUAUACCGAAGGACUUCUUGACCACGUAACAGUUCUUAUUGGUAUUGCUUACCAAGGAAAAGCUAUUGCAGGGGUCAUUAAUCAACCAUAUUUCAACUAUGAGGCAGGUGCAGAUGCGGUUCUAGGCAGGACGAUAUGGGGAAUCCUUGGUUUGGGCGCCUUUGGGUUUCAGUUGAAAGAGGUACCAGCUGGGCAGCACAUCAUUACCACCACAAGGUCACACAGCAGCAAAAUGGUAAAUGACUGCAUUAGCGCAAUGAAGCCUGAUAGCGUGGUGAGAGUUGGAGGUGCUGGUAAUAAGAUCAUUCAACUUGUUGAAGGCAAAGCUUCUGCAUAUGUAUUUGCCAGUCCUGGAUGCAAGAAGUGGGAUACAUGUGCACCAGAGGCUAUUUUGCAUGCAGUUGGAGGCAAACUUACUGAUAUUCAUGGGAACUUUUUUCAUUAUAAUAAAGAGGUCAAACACAUGAAUUCAGGAGGAGUCCUUGCUACUUUAAAAAAUCAUGACUAUUAUGCCAGUCGAGUUCCUGAAGCAGUCAAAAAAGCCCUUGUGCCCUAAAAAAUGCAGAGGAUGGUGCAUUCCAUUUGGCUGGAAAGAAAUUCUUAGCUGAAAUAAAUUGUGAUUUUUGAUAGGGUAACAUUUUGGACCAGUUCCAUUAUCUUUAGUUAAGAGUUUUGUUGCUUGCUUGACUUAAUAUACAUUCUGGUAAAUCUGAGAUUUUAAUUUUCAGUAGGAAUAUUAGUGACUUCAGUAAAGUUGUCCAGGUCUCCUAAUGCUUAUUAAUAUUAUCAUAUAUGUUCACCUAUCCAAUUAUCAAAUCCUUAUUCAAUCUUUCUUGAUUUGAAGACAAAAAAUAAAUAAGUGAACCACAGUUACUUCCAAUGCCUUUUGUAUGGAAGAUUCAUUCAUGCAUGCUUCACUUGAAGGGAUCAUUUUGUCUAGCUAGCUCGCUAGCUCUUUUCUUUAAAUAUACAUGGAUGCAUGGGAUGUAUGUCUGUUCUGUGCCUAAUUCCCCCCUCCUCCAUUUUCACGUGAUAUGCUUAUGUAGAGAGAUAUGGAAAUAUACUUGUUUUAACUUUUAUAUGCUGAA